GCCUUCAGCAAAGGAAUUAGAGCUCAGCCAUAGUGCAGCAAAUCUCCCCGGUUAAAAUCCCUUCCCCAGUCCUGUUAGUACAACUACCAAAAGAACAGCAACUUCCCUCUCUGUGAGGCUCUUUUAGACCCAGGCUUUAUAUCCUGCAAGCAGAGGAUGGGAUUUUACCAAGGGGGAUUUUCCUGAAGCAGGAGGACAGAAGAGUGUGAUUGCUCACCAAGCCCAGCCAGGAAAGGACGGAGCAGUGGGUGAUCUGCCAAAGCUUCCCACAGCCGCAUCCACCAGCACUAAGCUGUCUCAUUAUGAGGGUGGAUGCUGGAAGAAGUGGAGGACCAGAGCAGAAGAUACACGAACUGCACAGGAUAUUUCCAAAAUGAAUGGGGUUCACAGCUGAUUGCUCUAAAUGCAGAUUUCUGUUUCAACAGGUGCUGAAGGCUAAGAGUGGUGUCCUGAAAGAGAGCUCAUGUUUUGCUUGCAUUAAUUUAAUGUUAUUUGGACUUUUGAAUCAAUCCUUCCCUCACCUUCCCAGCCACUUACAAAAGAAGGGACCUCUUAACCCCUCAGCAGGAUGAACAAGACCAAGGGAGCUUUUGAUAGCCCAGAACUUUGGAGCCAAGGUUGCACACAGAGCAGCACCUCCCUGACCAAUCUGGCACCACCCUUUGCAUUUGGACAGCAGGCUAUGGACACAGCCCUGAACGUAAUCCUUAUCGUGGUCCUCCUGGUCAUCAUGGUGUCUCUGGGAUGUACAAUGGAGAUAGCCAAGAUCACAGCUCACCUCAGGAGACCUAAAGGUGUGGCAAUAGCCAUAUUGGCUCAGUAUAGCAUUAUGCCCUUGACAGCAUUCAUAUUGGGCAAGCUCUUCCAGCUGGGCACCUCAGAAUCCCUGGCCAUCCUCAUCUGUGGCUGCUGCCCAGGGGGAAACCUCUCCAACAUCUUCAGCCUGGCACUGAGAGGGGACAUGAACCUCAGUGUUGUAAUGACUGCAUGCUCCAUGGUCCUGGCAAUUGGAUUAAUGCCACUGCUUCUGUACCUUUACUCGGGAGGACUAUAUGAGGAUGAUUUGGAGGGCAAGGUACCUUACAAAGGAAUAAUCACCUCCCUGGUGCUGAUGCUAAUCCCCUGUGCCAUCGGCAUCAUCUUGAAUGAGAAGAAACCACAGUACACUGGCCUUAUCACCAAGGCAGGGAUGGUUAUGCUUCUACUGUCAUCUGCUGCUAUAAUUGUUCUGUCUGUGGCCAAUAUGGGAAGCUGUAUCAUGAUUGUCUUCUCACCAUCUCUCCUGGGAACUUCUGCCUUAAUGCCCCUUACUGGAUUCCUGCUGGGCUACGCUGUCUCUGCUGCCUUCAAGCUGGAUGACCGAUGCAGGAGGACAGUGUGCAUGGAAACUGGCUGCCAGAACGUACAGCUUUGCUCAGCUAUCCUCAAAGUCGCCUUCACCCCAGAGAUCAUUGGCCCCCUGUACUUCUUCCCACUGCUCUACUUGCUGUUCCAGCUUGGAGAAGGAUUUCUGCUCAUCUUGGUCUUUCGGAUCCAUGACAGAAAAAAGCAAGCCAAAGAUGCAGCAAAAAUGAUCUGUGCAGGUGUGGACACAUUUAGCACUCAAGAAAUGAAAUCAGUGUCAAGACAUUGCAGAAACAGUGGAAAACGAGGAAAACAAUAUAUGGAUUCUGCAGCAGUUGCUCUCACAACCCUCCAAGCUCUACCUUCUGCAGCCAGCUCAUAGGUCUGCAGCUGUUCUGUCAAAUGUAUCUAUACGCUCACUUCACAGCAGCCAUCUGCACCCACACUGUUAUUCUCCAAAGACUUCGCUCCAGACUAAGCCUUGCUGUGUCAGCCCAGAAAGGAGGAGACCUUCAGUGACUUCAAAGUCAUUGUGACAACCAUUUGGGACAGCUGAAAAACAUGCCAAGUGACUGUCCCAGUUUUACCCGUAAGAAAAUCUUCGCCUACAUCAGUUCCUUUUCUUAAUUUCACUUACCUGUAGCUGUCCUGCUGGAACACAAUGGAAGCAGAUCCUGACAAUAUCACUGCAGAUUAAUGUAAUUUCUCUAACAGACGCAGCAUGAGCUGUGAAAGUUUCUCCAUGCAGAAGCCAGUGAGAUCGAAUGCACAGCCAAGCAGCCCAUGGGCUGUUGGUUUCUCCCAUCCUCCAGCAGGUACUGUGUGGUACCACUGAUCCCCCAGAGCAGAGGCCACACAAACCAGGAUCAUGGCUACACAAACUGCCUUUGUAUGCUGAGUUUAGGCCCAGCAGCUGUACCUCCAACAUCAGAGGAAAUUUAAAUGUGCCUUCUUUUGUAGCCAUCAGUGAACCCAACACCACACCUGUUCUACAUACCACUUAGGUAUGGUCACACUACACACAUAGUACCAGGAAAGAUUGGCAUCAACAUCUCCAAUGUCCAGACUAUGCCUUGUAACCUAAAGUAGUUCAUCUUAAUUAAGAAUAAACUGGUUUGUACCAAGAACCUACAAUAAACAGCGUAAUUUCUUACGCCAGAAAUCAACAAAAGCCUCCAUAUUGCAAAGCCUGGGAGUUUAACAGGAAGCUCAUCAUGACAACAGCCAGCUCCCCAGGGAAAACGCAGGCACUUGCUUAUGCUGCUUGCAUGGCAAGUAAGUGGUGUGGUCUAGAAACAGAAUUUAGAACAACUAUUUAUAGAGCAGAUACUACUUCACAUUUAGCCUGAAAGAAGUCUGUGACCCCUUUCAUCAAAUCAGGUGCCUUCAGCCACCUGGGUUCCAGUUGAAGCCAAGUCCCACUGGGACAGAGAUGCCCAUCAUCUCUAAGUUAGUAGGAUCAACUGACUAAAAGAUCUCUACACAGCCGACCUUCCACCCUGAUGAGUGUGAAUGCUGUUUUACUCCUGCAAGUUCAAGCCCUCUGCUACACACCUCUUGGAGUGGUGACAGCUGACUGGUAACAACCCAGUUAACUGUGGAUCCUACCCCCUCUCAACACCCGCUCUCAGGAGUGCCUGGCAGCCCAAUAUACCGACAGCUCCACAGACAGACCCAUGCAGUACAAGAGCUCCUCCUCCUUCCUUAGCUUGGCACCCAAGAACUCUGCAGCAGCAGGGAGAAAGGGCAGCAGGGCUGCAGAGGCCAAACACCCAACCUCCCACAGGCCAGACCUUGCUCUUCUAUGAUCUAUGCAAAUCCGAGCCUAGGCUACAAAGAUCUUUUUAAAGGUUUCUGUAGAUUACCAUAAUAGCUUUGUAAAGUGCUUUAUAAGAAAACACAUUAUUUUAAAAAUUAAAUUCCUAAGUUGUCUUGUGGGUGAGGGCUUGAGAAAUACAGGGACUGCAGAGGACUGCUGCCAUUGGAAGGCACGAACACUAAAACACAGAACCUCAUGGUACUACUGCUGCAUUACUCCCACCCACCAAUUUAAAAGUCCCUCUUCCCCAAGAAUGAGGACUAAUGCUUACAAAAAUGGUUUAUCUACACUUCAGUGUUCUCAUACCAACAUGCACAAAUACACUAAUGAAGUAUGCUGACUACAUCUGCCAUUAACACUCCAUACUUAUUAUCCCAAGACAUUAAAAGCUAAAUUACUCAUCCACUCCACUUUUUGCUAUGAACUAUGACAACCUGAUUAUCCAUGUUCUUAUUUCAGAACACAGACGUACAAGGACAUCACACGAUCUAUUUAAAAGGAUCCUAAUUCUCACCCCUGCCCAAAACAGUUAUCA